CCAGUGUGCAAACUUCUUGACGUUGACUUUAGUUUUAAUGGGUCUGAAGCUGCACAGAGGACACGAUGUGGGACCUUUGUGUCUCAGAUCCAGCCCCACAGACGCCGGCCAGACCUUAGUCACCUUCCUGACGGAGGACAUCGGAUCCUUGUUCCUCUCCAUCUGGUCCCGGGACAGACUGGUGACGUGCGAGGUCAUGACUGAUCCAGAGGUCACAGAGAACUACAGGAGGUUUUGCGCGGGGAGCAGUGAUGGAGACGAGAGCCGUCUGCCCAUCAUCCACCGGUUGCUGUCUGCAGACUCACCUUGUACCGUCGGCUCCGCUGCGCUCACCAGCUCGGCGGGACCACGCCUGCGGGGCAGACCUCGAAGGAAACGUGCCUUCACCUUUCCAGGGACGCGAUGGUGCGGGACUGGGACCAACGCUGCGGAUUAUGAAGACCUGGGCAUGUUCGACAGCGCGGACCGCUGCUGCCGAGACCACGACCACUGCCGCCACAACAUCCCCGCCUUCACCAUGAGAUACGGCGUCUUCAACUCCAACUUCUACACCGUGUCUCACUGCGGCUGCGACCAGAGGUUCCAGAAAUGCCUUCUGGGGGUGAACGACUCCAUUGCCAGCAUGGUGGGCUACGGCUUCUUCAACAUCCUGAGGGUCCCUUGUUUUGAGCUGCAGCAGCAGAGGCGGUGCAACACCAUGUCCUGGUGGGGAAUGUGCAAAGACGUCCAGGAGGUUGCACAUGCCGUCUUCAGAAGCAAUGAGCCCUUCAAUGGCACAGUUGAGGACAUCGGAGAGGAGGAGCCGAAGGUCACGGAGCAGCCAGAAGUCAACACGCGCACCAAGUCACCCAAAUGUAAAGGAAGACAGACGCCCAGAGGGGAUGACUUCCAGAAGACACAAAGAAAAGGCUGCACAGAAGACACUUCUGAGGAUCAGGACGGCACAGAGGCGACGACGGAAGCAACGACAAAGAGGAGCCAGAACAACAGAGUGACCUGGACGAGUGGCCCUCGGGUGACACGCCAGCAAACCUUGACACCACCUACAACAAGCGACAAACCUGCGGCUGUAACCAGUCAAAGCAGCGUUGGACGGGGAGCGACUUGGAGGACGACCAGCAUCCCGACCACACAGACGGAUGCUAAACAAAACAGAACACAGCCUGUCAUGUCAACAGCUGAUGACUUAGUGAACCUGACAGACAUCCAGCGUCGAUGCCAGACUCUCCGACACCUGGAUGAGUGCAGAUACAGGAUUCCUCCUCUGGAAGAGAAGUACCACCUGCAGAACACCGAGAUGAAGACGGUCUACCACUGCGCCUGCACACGACGUUUGGCUGCUGAGAUGGAAGACAUGAAACAACCCAGCGUUCUACCUUCACUCCUCAAAGAGUUUGUGUCUCCACACUGCUUCAAACUUGCCAAGAAGAGAAAGUGCAACAAAAGGAAAAGCUGCGCAGGAGGCUUCGUCAAAGCUUAUGACCUACUUCACGCACUGAAGAAGCUGGAGGAGAAAGACAGAGGUGGAGCGGGAUCUUCGCGGAAGAGGCGGGAGCGUGGGAUCCCGGUUCGGCUUUCAAAGCGAUGCUUGAGGCUUGAAAGGGAAAACGCAAGAAUGACGGCGCUUUUAUGAGCGAAGUCGGAGACGCUAUGUUUAGCAACAAUGAGUUUCGGAGGCUUUGCAUCAGGUGCACGUCAUCCAGGCCUCUUUGAACUUUGAACUCUGAGUGCUGACAUAAAGUGCCUUUUGUGAGUCACUGAUGUGAAAACGAUUGUAUUUAUAAUGUGCACCAUCGUCCAAGAGCAAUGACUGACCUGCAGUUGCUUCAUCUUCGGUGCAGCGAUUAGAAAACUAUUUUUAAAGGUGCAGCAGCUGCAUGUAGAUCUGAAGGGGCGGGGCCAGUUGAAGGCCAGGAUUGUAACUUUUUUUUUAUUUUAUUUAAUUCGACACAUAACAUUUGUGCUGAAAAAAGAAAAAAAUAUGGCAAAACCAAUAGAUCUGUCUGGAAAAAUUUUUUUGAAGGGUGCACAGAAUUAAAAACAUAAGUACUAUAUACAUCGCAAUACCGCAGGUUGACAGCAGAGGUCAGCCCGGCGAUGUUUUCGCACUAACUCCAUGAUAACUCCAGAUACUCUCACUUAUCCCACAGUGGGGACAUUUACUAGGACGUAUAACAUAUAACGAAUCAAAAUAACUACUAAAACGACAAAUCAUUAUAUAUAUAUAUAUAUAUAUAUAUAUAUAUAUAUAUAUACUGCGCAGCAAAACACCAUAUUGUAUGAAGGGAAUUGUUUUUAUGACACCACAAUCCUUCCCAUCUAAUCUUUGAAUAUUAAUAUUAUAAUUACAAUCUAAUUAAUUCAAACAAGUUACUUAUUAGGAUGAAAAAAAGUGUAAAAUAUUCUCUGUAUUUGGGCACUUUUCAUCAUGAAAGAUGGAGGAUUGUGUGCGUGCACUUGUAUAGCUAUAGUUGUGAGGACAUUUUGACAGUCCUCACAAAGUUAAGGUUCAAUUUGAGGAUGAAAACGUUUAGGUUAACUAAGACGAGUGAUGGUAGAUACCAGGUAUCAUGAAACAGUAUUGCAGGGUUGAUGAAACAGUGUUAUAAUUUUCAGAGGACACUAGAUGGCGCUCUUGGUUUAGAAAUGACGUGAGGCAUCAUUGAAUCAGUUGUUCAGCAGCAGACAGCGCCAUCUUGUGGCCACUGAAAAUCAAAACACUGUUUCAUGAAGCCUUGUCUACCCAUCACUAGUCAAGAGUCCUGGUUAAGUUUCGCCAUUUGUCUGGAUGUUGUAACCACUCCCCACAUAUCCAAAACAUCUUUAUUGAAAUAAUUCAUAAACCUUCAGGACAUGUUAAUGUAAAAAGCAAGAACAAUAAAGGGGAAAAGAAAUCAGCGUUGGUGACAAGUUGUAUUUCUGAGGUG